CUUCUUCCAACACCAUUUGCUCCCUCAAGUUCCGACGAUUGAGCAUUGCAGUCCCUAACCAGCCCACUUAGCCUAUUCGAAGCUGAGUCGUAUUUAUCCUAUUGACUUGACCGAGUUCAUCUGGUACAUCUCUCACACAAGAUGGAAGCCAUGAAUUCCCUUCAGCUGCGGACAAUGUCCAACAAUGAUCAAGUAUCUGAAAAUGUCUCCUCCAUCAGCAACAUACGACGUAGUAGCUGCUGCAGCUACUUCUGUUGCAAAAACUAACAAACCCUCCACUGCCCAUGGGAGCCUUACUAGUACCAGCACCAUUUUGGAUGAAUUUGCUGGGAAAUGGGACGACUUCAGCUUCGGCCAUAUCCGCGAGAGCCAGGUCUCCCGCGCCAUGACGCGUCGCUAUUUCGAGGAUUUGGACACCUAUGCUGAAAGCGACAUCGUGAUUGUCGGCGCUGGAUCCUGCGGUCUCAGCACUGCGUACGUCCUGGGCAAAGCUCGCCCGGAUUUGAAAAUUGCCGUUAUUGAGGCCUCCGUCUCUCCUGGCGGUGGUGCGUGGCUCGGCGGCCAGCUGUUCUCCGCCAUGGUCCUCCGCAAGCCUGCGGACCGUUUUCUCGAUGACCUGGGGGUUCCGUACGAAGAGGAACCCUCCAACCCCAACAUGGUGGUAAUCAAGCACGCGGCACUCUUUACUUCCACUUUGCUCUCCAAAGUACUCUCCUUCCCAAACAUCAAGCUUUUCAAUGCUACUUGCGUUGAGGAUUUGAUCACCCGUCCAGCCCCGGCUGCAGGCGACGGCGAGGGUAUUCGCAUCGCCGGUGUCGUGACCAACUGGACGCUCGUGACUCUCCACCACGAUGACCACUCCUGCAUGGAUCCAAACACCAUCAAUGCACCCCUGGUCAUCAGUACCACCGGUCACGAUGGUCCGUUUGGUGCUUUCUGCGCCAAGCGUCUCGUGUCCAUGGCUGCCAUUGAGAAACUGGGCGGUAUGCGUGGACUGGACAUGAACUCAGCUGAGGAGGCCAUUGUGAAGAAUACUCGGGAGGUGACUAAGGGGUUGAUUAUUGGAGGCAUGGAGUUGAGUGAAAUUGACGGGUGGCACCGGAUGGGGCCUAUCUUUUCAGCCAUGAUGCUUAGUGGCGUGCGUGCAGCGGAGGUUGCUUUGGAAGUUUUCGAAGAACGAAAGAGAGAGUGCGCCGAUAAAAAAUGAAUGCUAAUUUCCGAUCCCGCAGUCCCGGAAAGGUUGGCGGGAAAGAAUGUGGAAAUAGUACAUGUUCCAAACACGCGUGUUCUGGGAGGCUAAAAUUGUAAUUAAUUUCUUUUCUGGUUAUUCAUGGGCUGCCAGUCUGCCAUUGCCCUCUACUGUUAUUAAAUUGGUUCCUUCCAUCGGGAGGCGAUACUAAUGUAUUUGCGCACAUGGGAAUUUGCAGUCAAAGCUUGCUACAUUACCCAUUGAACAUAUGAAUGCAAAAUUAUAUAAACGCAAG